AUUAUUGUGGACGUAUAACGUUCAGUAAUUUUAACUUUAUCGAAUAAGAAUUAACUAUUAAAACCCCACAUUGGUUGACAUUGGCUAUGUUUUGCGAGGUUAGUCAUUUUCGUUGGAUUUUGACUAGCGCUAACCAAUUGCUGUUUACUUCCGCCAUUUCCGGGUUGCGUCAAUGGUCGUUGUAACGCGUGAAACCACGCGGUUUCCCAUUUAGGCGUUUAAAUCGGGUCACUAUUCCAUAAUUUAACACGUAUUGAAAUGAGUUCCCAAAAAGGAAACAUUUCCCGUUCGCGAGGACAAAAACACAAGAAUGCUACUGCCUUUAAAAACGACAAAUACGGUGCAAGCGUUCAAGUUAAGAAAGCCAAAGCAAAGGUUCAUGAUGGUCUCUGCCAGCAUUGCAAAGAUGUCAUGGAGUGGAAAGUCAAGUACAACAAAUACAAGCCCCUUACACAGCCACGAAAAUGUGUAAAGUGUCUUCAGAAAACUGUAAAGGAUGCCUACUAUAUCAUAUGUAAGCCAUGUGCACUUAAAUUGGAGCUUUGUGCCAAAUGUGGGAAGAAGGACGAGAUUGUCAUUCCACUUGACCAGAAGCCGGAAGAAGUAGAGGAGGACAGCAGCAGGCAAAAUAAAGGAAACGGGCAGGAAAAAACAGAUGAUGAUGAGGAGGAGAAGGAGGAGGAUGUUGAUGAAGAUUUUGACGACAUUGGCUGUGGCAAUAGUGAUACAGAGGCACAAGGAAAGUAAAGCUUCUGAAUGCAAUUAGAGCUAAGCACAAAAACAUUGUUUCUGAUUAAACCUGAGGCUGGUGCUUGGACAUGUUCACCUACUGUUAAUUAGGUGGAACCCCUGGAGAGAUUGUGUCUGUAGGUGUUGUUGUUGUUUUUUUAAACGCAUCAUCACGUGUUGUUGCAGAAACUAGAACAAUCAUCACAUGCCGCAAUAAGUCUUGGCUUUUAAAUCAGCUGAUCUUGUCAGCGCAAGCAUUUGGCAUGUACAUGAACUGUGGUUAUAAAUGAUUGCCUCUCUGUGUUUAUGAAGUGUCUAUGUUGUAUGAGUCUGCUGCCCCUUUUGCUUUUGAAAGUUUUUAUGGUAAUGUGAGAAAUAUAAAGCACAGCAGUGCUGUGGCAAUGAGUCCUUUUAAUGAACCUCAAACCAUUUUCAAAAAAGAUAAAUUAUGCUAAACAAAGUCUAAAAACAAGUUUGUUAUUAAAAACAACCAUUUGCAUAAUUCUA